GCGGUUUUCAUACCGGAAUCAAUAUGGCGGAAUUUCAGAAAAAAGGAUCGGAACAGAAAUAGUCAUGAUAUUAAUAAUAACAAUGGAGCAGUUGUUUACGAGCAACGUAACUGUAUAAGCUUUAUGAAAUAAUACAGAUUGCUUGAACGGCGUCCGUAACUCUGUUUUAGCUCACCGAAUUAUUCGGGUCGUUUUCCCACUUUUUCUUUAGUCUUACUCUAAAGUCUACCGUGCCCAACCCUACCUACCCCCGACCCCAGGCAUGGCAGAGGAGCGGAGACCGAAGCCAUGCAGCGUGAUCUUGCCCACCGAAUCCAUGAAGGCAAUCGCCGAGUCGAUGGGGGUGGGGCAGCUGCAGGAGGAGAGCUGCGUGGCCCUGAGCGAGGAGGUCAGCUACCGCAUCAAGGAGAUCGCGCAGGAUGCGCUGAAGUUCAUGCACCACGGGAAGAGGCGCAAGCUGAUGACCAGUGACAUCGACUACGCCCUGAAGCUGAAAAACGUUGAGCCUCUCUACGGUUUCCAGUCGCAGGAGUUUAUCCCGUUCCGCUUCGCUAGCGGCGGAGGCAGGGAGCUGCACUUCUACGAGGAGAAGGAGGUGGACUUGAGCGACAUCAUCAACACGCCGCUCCCGCGAGUGCCGCUCGACGUCUCGCUUAAGGCACACUGGCUAAGCAUCGAAGGCGUCCAGCCUGCAAUACCAGAGAACCCGCCCCCAAUUUCCAAAGAGCAGCAGAAAACCGAGUCCACUGAGCCCCUAAAAGCCGUCAAGCCGGGACAGGAAGAGGAGGGGCCUAUCCAGGGCAAAGGUCAAGGGGCAGCCAAUGCUGAAAAUAAAGGCAAGGAGAAGUGUGUGGUGCGGAUGAAGGCUCGCAGCACACAUGAGCUGUCAGUGGAACAGCAGCUGUAUUACAAGGAGAUUACAGAGGCCUGUGUGGGGUCCUGCGAGGCCAAGAGGGCGGAGGCACUACAGAGCAUCGCCACAGACCCCGGGCUGUACCAGAUGCUGCCGCGAUUCAGCACCUUCAUCUCGGAAGGGGUGCGUGUCAACGUGGUCCAGAACAACCUGGCUCUGCUGAUCUACCUGAUGAGGAUGGUCAAAGCCCUCAUGGACAACCCCACUCUGUACCUGGAGAAAUAUCUCCACGAGCUGAUCCCAGCAGUAGUGACCUGCAUCGUCAGCAAGCAGCUGUGCCUCCGGCCUGACAUGGACAACCACUGGGCCCUGCGUGACUUCGCCGCUCGCCUGAUGGCCCAGAGCUGCAAGACCUUCAGCACCACCAACAACAACAUCCAGUCGCGCAUCACCAAGACCUUCACCAAGAGCCUCCUGGACGAGAAGACCCAGUGGACCACACGCUACGGCUGCAUCGCGGGACUGGCCGAGCUCGGCCCUGAUGUCAUCAAAACGCUGAUCAUUCCUCGGCUGUCUGUGGAAGGAAGCCGCAUCAAGGCGGUCAGCGAGGGGCCGGUGGUCUCCAACAUCGACAAGAUUGGGGCCGACCACGUGCAGAGCCUCCUGCUGAAACAUUGCGCCAGCGUGAUCGCCAAGACCCGGCCGCUCCCCGACAAUUCGGAUCAGUACCGCACGGACUACGGUUACCUGGGACCCAUGCUGUGCUCACACGUGGUGAAGGCCCGGGCCCAAGCAGCCCUGCAAGCCCAGCAAGUCAACCGGACCACCCUGACCAUCACACAGCCCCGUCCCACCCUCACUCUGUCACAGGGUGGCGUCUCGGGUGUGUCUGGACCCCGCACCCCCAACAUCAUCAAGGUGCCCAGCUCGCUCACCCUGCCGGUCCAAACCCUGGUGUCGGCCCGGCCGGUGACCCCCACCCAGCCGUCACCCCCGGCAACCAAGUACAUCGUCAUGUCCACGAGCGCCGCAGCGGCCACAACGCAGCAGGUGAUUACACUGAGCUCUGCCCGUUCUACCUCCCCCAUCACAAGCCCCGCCCCCAGCUCCGCCUCCACCAUGCAGCCCCUGGUGAAGUUGGAGCAUGGGGGUGCCAGUGCUGGGGCGGCGGCCACGGGGGCGGGGGGGUCCCGGCCCGUUCAGAAAUACAUCGUGGUGUCUCUGCCGUCGGCUGCGUCAGAGACCAAGGGCGCCAGCCUGACAUCACCCUUGCCUGCCUCCUCAGGCCCCGCCCCUGUGCUUGACUCCUCCUCUAAAACGGACCGCUCAGAUUCCCCAGGGGCUAGCGGCCACUGACUGGGGGCACCUUCCUGGGGGAUGGGGAGUGGGGGGAGAAGUAGAGCGACACCAUCCUGAAGCCGAUGAAGGAAACUGCAAAUCCGAGACUCCUUAGGUCAGAGACGACUUCGGAGCUGGAGUUUUAUGGAACGGGGUGGGGGGGGGGGGGGUGUGGACACAGCAAUGAGACUUUUAAAGAAUGGGUUUAUAUUAAAAAGCGUAAGGAGUGCCCAGAGUGUCGGAGGAGCUGACUUUAAGGAGGACCUAAGGAGGGGGAGAGUGGAGAAAGCGAUGAGGAGAGCUGGAGAGUGCAGGACACUGAGGAGCCAUGAAGGACAAUUCAAGGGAGAGUGGUAUGGCAAUACGGUACAGGGUGGGUUCAUACCCCUUCUCUCUCUGUAAGCCACGCCCACAGGCAUGUGGCCCCUCCUCUAGCUCUGACAGUGUUUUUGUUGAUUUUUUUUUUUUUUAUAUUCUCAAAUAAAGCUGAUUUUUGUAUGGUGUUA